CGAGGGACAGCGGUCAUGGAAGUGGUGUAUUUCGACUGGCUCGACUACCUCGUCUUCGGGGCGAUGCUUCUGAUGUCUGCUCUCAUCGGGGUAUACUUCGCGUUCUUCGCGAAACGGAAGCAGAAUACCACAUCCGAGUACCUCAUGGGCGGGAAGACGAUGGGCAUGUUUCCUAUAUCCAUGUCGCUGAUUGCCAGCUACGUAUCGGGCAUUUCACUACUCGGUCUUCCAGCAGAGAUGUACACAUACGGAACCCAGCUGUGGGCGAUCGUACUCUCCGAAUGGGUCGUUUCCGUCACCAUUGCCAUCGUUUAUUUACCUGUGUUUUAUAAUCUACAAAUCACAUCUACUUAUGAGUACUUACGACUUCGCUUCAAUCAAAAUGUGCGGCUCUUGGGAUCGAUAAUAUUCAUCAUCAAAAUGAUGUUAUACAUACCUAUAGUGAUAUACGUUCCUGCACUUGCUUUCAGUCAAGUGACUGGCAUAAAUCUACAUUUGAUUACUCCAAUAGUUUGCAUCGUGUGUAUCUUCUAUACUACAUUAGGUGGAAUCAAAGCCGUAGUAUGGACAGAUACGUUACAAACAAUCCUAAUGUAUUUUGGAGUCAUAUUUGUCCUAGUGUAUGGUACAUGUCGCUUAGGAGGAAUCAAUGAGGUUUUCAGGAUAAACCAGGAGGGAGAUCGGUUGGAUUUCUUCAACAUGGACCCUGACCCCACAAUCCGCCACACGUUUUGGACGACGGUCGUCGGCAACUACUUCAGUUGGCUCGCGUCAUGUUCCGUCAACCAGGCCAUGGUGCAACGAUGUUUGGCGCUUUCUUCCUUGAAGAGAGCGCGCAUAACAAUCUUCAUCAUGGCAGCCGGUAUCUACAUAAUCGUGUCUCUCUGCUGCUACACCGGGCUGGUGAUCUACGCCACGUUCGCGACCUGCGACCCGCUCACCACGGGGGCGAUUCGGAAGAGUGACCAGCUGCUGCCAUACUUCGUGAUGACCAUCACUGGGUCGGUGCCAGCGCUGCCUGGUAUCUUCAUGAGUGGCGUGUUUAGUGCUGCUUUAAGUUCAAUGUCUACUGGUCUAAAUUCGAUGUGCGGUGUAAUCUUUGAGGACCUCAUUCGGCCGGCGUAUAACAAACCAAUAUCUGAAAAGACUGCAAGUUUUAUUAUGAAGGUUAUUGUUGUUGUUAUAGGAGCAACCUGCGUAGCCCUAGUAUUUCUGGUAGAGCACAUGGGAGCCCUAAUCCAAGCUGGUAAAAGUUUAGCGGGAAUAACCGCUGGAAGCCUGCUGGGGCUCUUCACUAUGGGACUGUUUCUACCGUGGAUUAAUGCGACGGGUGCAUUAGCAGGCGGUACUACAUCCACACUUCUCGUGGGCUGGAUCUCCCUGGGCACGCAGGCUGCCAUGAUUCGUGGUGACAUAGUUAUAGUGCCCAAACCAGUCAGUGUCUCUGGGUGUGACGGGAACUUCACCUUACCCACUACCACGCAUUCUACUGUUGAAUUUGACAGAUCUGGAACGUUCUUCAUGUAUAGAUUGAGCUACCUCUACUAUACUUUCAUAGGCAUGGUGGUUUGCAUCAUAACUGGAGCAAUAGUUUCCUAUUUUACUCAACCUAAUGAUCCUGCUAUGGUUCACAGAGAUCUGUUAACACCGGUUAUCCAUCGAUUCUUACCACCCCAAAGUCCGAACUGCAGACGACCACGGCUCACGCAACACGACAUCGAGAUACAUGCUAGAGAAAUGGAGCAUUUAUGUAACCAAGCCGCUUUCAUGAGAGAAAACACAGCAGACAUCGACCUCUUAUCAAGGAAAUCCAAAAAGAACCUCGUCCAAUGACCAUUCUUGAUCUUUUCUUAUCCAUAACAGACUUUAGUUCUUAGGUUUCUCUUUAGUUACUUUAAAAAGAAUCUCCUUUUGAACUUUGUACUUGUAUAAAACACUUUCUAUGUCUUUUGUAUUUGAUCGUUGUUAUUAAAUAUUUAAAUUUUAAAUCUAUUUUUAUUUU